GAGAUGCGCAGGGCUCAGGCUGGUCGGCGGCAGACCUUGCAGUCUUGAUACCGUACCCGUUGCGACUGCUGCGCUACCAUACCCAGGGAUCCGUGCAUGCAGAUUGGCGCCAGCGGGCACAAGGGAUGCGCUGGGCUGGUUCGGCCACGAUCUUGCAGGGUCUUGUGAUUGCAGGCGGUGCCGCGCCCCUGCAGGCCCUGCGCCUGGGCGACUGGAGCUCGGGCGCCCAGCAGAUCCCCUCGCGCCUCGCGGCAGCCAGGGACCGGGCCGCCGAGCUGGCGGGGCUGCCCUCGGUUGACGCGAGGAACCUCCUCGGCGCCGUCCGCGCCGCCUGCGGCUCCACCCACGACACCGUCCUGGUCACGAUCACGGACGGGGGCAUGGACUUCGCAUCGAACAUGCUGGCGAGCCUGGAGGCGGUGGACGCGUACGUGCCGCGCCUCGUCGUGGGCAUGGGCCGCGACUUGUGCGUGCAUUUCCGGCAGUUCGUGAAGACGACGUGCGUGGAGGUCUAUGACGACAGCAACACGACAGAGCAGAUAGCAUGGGGGACCCACGAGUACUGGCAGGUCGUCUUCAGAAAGCACGUCCUCCUGACAGUCAUCGCGUCUAGCGACCUUUCCGACAGCAUCAUUUACACAGACCCCGACAUAGUCUUUCUUGACAGCCCAAUUGGCCACCUUUCCAACACUUCGUUCCAGGCCAACGACGACAUUACAUUCUCUCCCAACAACAUGCUGGAGAUAAAUGCCACGAGCGUUGAGGAUUUGGCAAGCAGGUACGAGACGAACGGCUUGGUGAACAUCACUCUUGGGUCCAAGCGGCGGCAUCCUGACAUCAAUAGUGGACUGUUCCACAUGUUUGCUUCCCCAAUCGUUGCGCAGUUCUUCUUGAGGGCGGUGAAGAUCUUGAAGGCUCAGGAGUUUGUUCACGGCCACUACCAGCAGUUCUCCCUCGUUAAGGCCUUGGCCGACCUCCCUGGGAUUCGCGUGGGAGUCGCCAGGGCGGACCAGUUCGUGAACGGCAACGUCUUCUGGGGCCACCGCGCACUGCUGCACCCCGACCGCGUGGUGUCCGUCCACGCGAACUGGAUAGCUGCCCUCUCCUCUGCGCAGGCCGUGCCUCCAGGCCGCGGGGCUCUGGCAGCCGCCGCCCCCCGCGGCCCCCCGCGCGGCGCUGGCGGCCCGCGCGCGGCCCGCCGCGCGGUUCUCCUUCGGCAGCUCGGCCGACACCGCCGUGAUGGACGAGCGCCACGCCACCGUGCUGGCGUGCCACCGGGGCUAGCGGCCUGGCGGCCGUGCCUCCAGGCCGCGGGGCUCUGGCAGCCGCCGCCCCCCGCGGCCCCCCGCGCGGCGCUGGCGGCCCGCGCGCGGCCCGCCGCGCGGCUCUCCUUCGGCAGCUCGGCCGACACCGCCGUGAUGGACGAGCGCCACGCCACCGUGCUGGCGUGCCACCGGGGCUAGCGGCCUGGCGGUGCGGGGGGCCUCCUCCUCCUCCUCCCUCCCUCCUCCUCCCUCCUCCUCCUCCCUCCUCCUCCUCCUCCUCCUCC